CCUGUGCAUGGCUCAAAAGGUUCCGGUCGGCAACACAGCUGCGAGCAUGCUAAACUCCGUUUCGAGCACGCCGCUUGUCCACGCCACUUUACGUGGACGUGUCACUCAUUCAAACGCGAAGAAGCACACAUAGAACCGUUGUUAUGUUUAAAAUCACACGUGUUGUUGUUAUUAGCUGUAGUUAGCAUGUCUCUCCAAGAGUGGGCUGCAGCCCAGCUCGCCGAGCUAGAACUUCUCGGCAGCAUGUUCCCCACGCGUGACGAACUGGAGAUGCUGGACCAGCUGGCCUUGGCAGAGCUCCGCGAUUACGUGGACGGAUCCUCGCCACCUCCUUCCUGCAGAGCACAGUUCGUCAUCAGGCAGAGGAUGCAGGAUAUGGAUUUCCACAUGUCCUGUACUUUCCCGCCACAAUAUCCCUCCGUGAUUCCGGAGAUCACUGUCACGUCUCCUGGACUGGGCCGAGCCCAGCAGACCCGGCUGCAAGCCGGACUGAGGGCGUACCUGACGGAGGUGUGCCUGGGGGAAGUCUGCGUGCUGUCGGCGGCCGACUGGCUGAGAGACAACCUGCGGGCCUUCCUGAGCGAGACGGCCUCGCCGGCGCCUCCCGAGAGCCACGCCAGCCCGCCGCGGGAGGCUUUCAGUCGACUGUGGAUCUACAGCCACCACAUUUAUAACAGCACCAAGAGGAAGAACAUUCUGGAGUGGGCCAAGGAGCUCGGCCUGACCGGGUUCAGCAUGCCAGGGAAGCCCGGCAUUGUUUGUGUGGAAGGAGCACAGUCGGCCUGCGAGGACUUCUGGUCCAGAGUCAAGGUUCUGACCUGGAAGCGGAUCGCGAUACGACACAGAGAAGACGUGUCCCCGAGUGACGAGGGCGCCCUGCCAAGCGUGGACUCCCUGCGCAAGUUCUCAGGCUUCCAGGAGGCCGUGUUUGACCCCCGCGGGCCCCGAGGCAACCACAUGGACCUGGGCCUGCUCUACCAGUUCUUGCAGGAGAGAGGCUGCUGCCACGUCUUCCAAAUGUACUUUGGCGUAGAAGGCAGGUAGAAAUUUCCUUUGGACUUUUUGAAGCAACUCCAGUCCAGAGGCCUCCAAAGUGAAUAAUCAAAACAUGCGGCGCCCAUAUUGGUAUUUUUCAUUUUCAAAACCAAUACAAUAUACAGAUUUUUUUAACUUCAGUGCCUCCCUUUACGUUUGGUCCCGGCGACCUGGAAGGGUCUCAGUCAUAAAAACGUACAAAAUAUAUAUUUAUAUUUUUUUAUUGAAGGCUUAAAUCUAUGGAUCAACAUCAGUUUUAUCUGUCAAUGUAAAGUUAUCAUUUUUAAGUUUUGUGCCCUUUUUUGUCAAAGAAAACUUGCAUAUUACUGGUCUAAGCGCUGGGGAUGCCGUGCCGGCACAAAGAUGAAGGAGCAGAGAGGAACAAUUUCCCUUGUAGAUCAAUAAAGUUUGUCUCAGUCUAAAUCUAAUACUAUUAUUAUUACAUAUGUUUUACAGUCAUUUAUUUCAGACCCAUAUCACAGAAGAAAAAACCUGCUACAAUUAUUAAAAAAAAAGAAAUACAAGCAAAAAAAUGCAAAUAAAAUGAAUAAAAAUUGUAUAAAAAACAAUCCACAAUGUUCAAAGUCCAGUAUGUUGCUUGCCAAUGGUUCCACAGACUUGCCCCCAUUAAAUUGGUCAAAAAUUAAAUUUAUAUUAUUCAUUAUUAUUUUUUGAGCAAUGAAAUUCUUGGGGAUCCAAAAGGUUACCACUCAUAAAAGUGUUUAUGUUUAUUUUUACUCAAUGCUUAAUUCUGUGGAUCAGUUUUAUCUUUUAAUGUAAAGUUAUUAUUUUUAAGUUAUGUGCCCUUUUUGUCAAAGAUUAUAUUAUUAUUAUAUAAUAUAAUAAUUUUUUUCAGAUCCAUAUCACAGAAAAAAACAAACAAUAAAAACUAAAGAAAUCCAAGCAAAAAUUUAAUAAAUAAAAUGUAUACAAAUGUUAUGAAAAUAAAACAGAACUGCAGAAAAUAUGCAAUAUUUUGCACCCCAAAAAUGUUUUAGUGGAAUAUUUUAUAUGAAGUAAUUGGAGCUUUAAAUUGGUCAAUAAUUAACCUUUAUUUUAUUCAUUAUUAUUUUUUGAGCAAUGAAAUUUUGGGGGAUCCAAAAGGUUGCCACUCAUAAGUGUUAAAAAUAAGUUGGUUUUUUUUAAACAUUUUUAUUCAAUGCUUAAAUCUAUAGAUCAGUUUUAUCUUUCAAUGUAAAGUUAUUAUUUUUAAGUUAUGUGCCCUUUUCGUCAAAGAUUAUAUUAUUAUUACACAAUAUAGUCAUUUAUUUCAAACCUAUAUCACAGGAAAAAAAAAGAUAAAAACAAAAGAAAUACAAGCAAAAACAUAAAAAUAAAA